CUACGCUGGAGCUUAUGAAAAAAGCAACGAUCUUGUACGUUAUAACCGAGAACCCAAUAAAAUUCUCUAAUACAAAAGAGAAAGACAUAAUGUCAUUGGGUUUCGGAGAUCUAAACACUAUUUCUAAAUACCAGGUCAUCAUUGCUGAACCACUUGCACUUUUCUUUCCCGAAGCAAAGGAAAAUCAAACCUAUAUUAUAAAUAUUCAG